AUGGCGCGCCGCAGCUCAAAUCUGACCUAUGGGACGCACUACCUGGACGAGGGCGGUUGCGAGCGCUCGCCGGCCGGCUUCACGGCUCAGCAGUGCGAAGCCCCAGCCCACCUGGGAUGCCGAGUUGUACCUGCGCAAAAGCUCGGGCAACUACAUGGAGUUUCCAGCGUGGACAAGGCAACACAAAAGAUGUUCGACCGGGCUAGCUCGAGUUCCUUUGCGGUGCUCGAGCUGCAGCACGCAAAGGCGAAGAUCGAGGAGCUGCAGCAGGACAAGCAAGCCCUGCGCGAAGACUUGCUGUUGACCAAGCGGCAGAUGGCCAUCGCGUCUGGAACCCGCACGGGAAUUCUGUGGGAAAGCGCUACUCGUAAGGUUUUUGAGUUAGCUGCUACGCGCGACGAGGUGGAGGUGGACCACCGCGCGCAAUCAAACAUCGCCGGCCCCUUUCAUCCGGGGACGUCGAACGUCAGGGAUAAUUCCUCGUCCACGGCCACGGCACGAGCGACACCUUCACUCGCAAACGACACAACUUCCCUCACCCCCGCCGCGGACUUUGAGAGGUACCGCAUGCUCGUGAAGAAACACCUUUCCGCCAAUUUCGCCCAGCACGGCCAGCAGUGCAAGCUGUGCGGGACCUUUCCCACAGAUUCAAACUCGAGUUUGAUGCAGCUCGAGCUUUUGAAGCGCGUGCACCAGGACGCGUGGCUCCGGAUGCAGCAGAUCAAAGAGAUGGAGCGGGAGAAGGUGGUGCUGGCCGUGCAAGUGGAGGACGACACGGCCGUUGCUCGCGAGCGCGCGGCGAUGGGACGAGAGGACGCGGAAUCGAAGUUCGUGGAGCGGGUGGUGGCGGAGGUGGAAAGAGCGUGCGAGGCAAAGCGGAAGGAAGAUUUGCACGCUUUAGAGGAAAAAUUGCGGGCCAACUUCGCGGAAGAAAUAGACGAAAUGAAGCAGAAUCAGUGGAAGAAGGAGGAGCUGCUAGUGGGAGAGAGGGACCAGGUGGCGACGGAAAAAAACAAAGUUACCAAACAGUUGGAAGAUAUGAAGAAAAAAGCGCAAACGCUGGAAAAGCAGGUGAAAGCGAUGAGGGAAACUGCUGGAAAAGCAGACGCGAAGCGGGAACAGGAAACUGCGAAUCUAGCUAGUGAGUUGGGAUUGUAAGAUACGAUGGCAUGAUGAUUUUUCGUAGAGUGCAGGUUUCAAAACUAAACCCCUUCAAAGAUGAAAGAGGUAAAGAAAGCGUAAGCAGUUUUGGCGCUACUUGGAAUUGGAUCCGUUGAUUCUGACCACCAGGAUCAUCACUACAAAUAAAACGUUGGCUUGCAAAAAGCGCAAUAGAUUUGAACGUACAGGCAGGUACCUGAUUGUAGUACAGAUUCAAAUCCAUUUGCGAAGAUAAUGCCACGCACUCGGGGAAGUGGAAUCUUAAACUUAAUCCGCGGAGAAAGUUUUGCGAUCUUUGGGGUGCUACUUUUGUUUGAUUUCGUGUGCGUGAAGCACAGCUUCUUUUGUUUCCAGACAAAAUCACGGCAGGUCCUUGUCCAGGAAGUUUGAAUUUUACC